AUGUCGCUGAACAACAUAACAUUCUGUGUGUCACAGGAUCUGGACGUCCCCCUGAAAGUGAAAAUCAAGUCAUUGGAAGGACAAAAGCCAUUGUUGAAGCCAUCUCAGAAAAUCCUGAACCCUGAAUUAUUACUGAUAGGGUCGAGUGUAUUCCCUUCUAGUGACCUGGUUGUGUCGUUACAGGUAUUUGAUAAGGAGAGAAAUAGAAACUUAACUCUUCCAAUAUACACGCCCUAUAUUCCUUUCAGAAACUCUAGAACCUGGGAUUAUUGGUUGACUUUACCCAUACGUAUCAAACAACUUACCUUUAGCAGUCAUUUACGCAUUAUUUUGUGGGAAUACAAUGGAUCUAAGCAAAUUCCCUUUUUCAACCUAGAAACGAGUAUCUUUAACCCAAACGAUUGUACUUUAAAAAGAGGGUUUGAAUCAUUGAAGUUUUGUUAUGAUGUAAUUGACCAUUGUGAAGUGGUCACUGAUAACAAAGACCAAGAAAAUUUGAACAAAUAUUUUCAAGGUGAGUUUACGAGGCUUCCUUGGCUCGACGAAAUCACUAUAAGCAAGUUGAGAAAACAAUGGGAAAAUAGGACUUGGCCUCAGGGUACUUUCGUCUUAAACAUAGAGUUUCCAAUGUUAGAGCUUCCUGUUGUAUUUAUCGAAAGAGAGAUUAUGAAUACUCAAAUGAAUAUUCCAACUUUGAAGAACAAUCCCGGACUAAGCACAGACUUACGAGAACCGAAUAGGAAUGACCCUCAAAUAAAAAUUUCUCUAGGGGACAAAUACCACUCCACAUUGAAAUUUUACGAUCCUGACCAACCAAAUAAUGAUCCAAUAGAAGAAAAGUACAGGAGAUUGGAAAGAGCAUCUAAAAAUGCAAAUUUGGACAAACAAGUAAAGCCCGAUAUCAAAAAGAGAGACUAUCUGAAUAAGAUUAUCAACUACCCUCCGGGCACCAAAUUAACAGCACAUGAAAAGGGUUCAAUAUGGAAGUAUAGGUAUUAUUUGAUGAAUAAUAAAAAAGCUCUUACAAAAUUAUUACAGAGUACAAAUUUGAGAGAAGAAUCUGAAAGAAUAGAGGUUUUAGAACUAAUGGACUCAUGGGCAGAAAUUGAUAUAGACGACGCGUUAGAACUAUUAGGUUCAACUUUUAAAAAUCUUUCAGUGAGAUCUUACGCCGUAAAUAGGCUGAAGAAGGCAUCAGACAAGGAACUAGAAUUGUACUUACUACAAUUGGUAGAAGCUGUCUGUUUUGAGAAUCUGUCCACUUUUUCCGACAAAUCUAACAGCGAAUUUACUAUUGUGGAUGCCGUAUCUUCGCAAAAGCUUUCGGGUGAUUCUAUGUUAUUAUCUACAUCGCAUGCUAAUCAGAAACUAUUAAAGUCCAUCUCGAGUGGGUCGGAAACUUCCGGGACAGAAUCACUACCAAUCGUCAUUUCUCCUUUAGCUGAGUUUUUGAUUAGGAGAGCACUGGUCAAUCCAAGAUUAGGAAAUUUUUUCUAUUGGUAUUUAAAGUCUGAAUCCGAGGACAAGCCAUAUUUAGACCAGAUUUUAAGUUCCUUUUGGAGUAGGCUAGAUAAAAAAUCUCGGAAUAUACUAAACGAUCAAGUCAGGCUAAUAAGUAUGCUCAGGGAAUGCUGCGAAACAAUUAAGAGGCUAAAGGAUACCACAGCUAAAAAGAUGGAAUUACUAAUGCAUUUGUUGGAGACUAAAGUGAGGCCUCUUGUCAAAGUACGACCAAUCGCUUUACCGCUAGAUCCUGAUGUGCUGAUAUGCGACGUUUGUCCUGAAACAUCGAAGGUAUUUAAAAGCUCUUUAUCGCCACUGAAAAUAACAUUUAGAACGACGUUAAACCAACCAUAUCACUUAAUGUUCAAGGUUGGUGAUGAUUUAAGACAAGAUCAGUUGGUAGUACAAAUCAUAAGUUUAAUGAAUGAGUUAUUAAAGAACGAAAAUGUGGAUCUGAAAUUGACACCAUACAAAAUUUUAGCCACAGGACCACAAGAAGGUGCCAUUGAAUUUAUUCCUAAUGAUACAUUAGCUAGCAUACUAAGCAAAUACCACGGCAUUCUUGCCUACCUCAAACUCCACUAUCCCGAUGAGAACGCAACAUUAGGCGUACAGGACUGGGUUUUAGACAACUUUGUCAAAUCUUGCGCUGGUUAUUGUGUUAUUACAUACAUUUUAGGUGUCGGCGAUAGGCACUUAGACAACUUACUGAUCACUCCAGAUGGGCAUUUUUUUCAUGCAGACUUUGGUUACAUCCUGGGUCAGGACCCCAAACCUUUUCCACCACUGAUGAAAUUGCCUCCCCAAAUUAUAGAGGCGUUUGGAGGUGCGGAAUCGUCAAAUUAUGAUAAAUUUCGCAGCUACUGUUUUGUUGCAUAUUCGAUCUUAAGAAGAAAUGCGGGUUUAAUCUUGAACCUAUUUGAAUUGAUGAAGACGUCGAACAUACCAGAUAUUAGAAUAGAUCCCAAUGGCGCUAUUUUACGUGUAAGAGAAAGGUUCAAUUUGAAUAUGUCCGAAGAAGAUGCCACAGUGCACUUUCAGAAUCUAAUUAAUGAUAGUGUAAAUGCUUUGUUGCCUAUCGUGAUAGAUCAUUUACAUAACCUUGCACAAUAUUGGCGAGCCUGA